UAUAGAAUGACAGCACACUGCCACAAUUUAAAUGACACUGCCUCUUCCCCCUCGGAAGGACAGGUCCUCCAGAGAGCACCAGCCACAGCAGCUGCCUGCUCUCCCCACAAAAAUCUUCAUCAUGGCCUACAAGGCAGCACAUUUGGCCUUUAAGUCGCGCUGGCACAAGACGGACGAGGAGCUGUGUCGGCACAGCAUGUCCUUUGUCUUGCACAAGGCAAUCCAAAACGACUUCUUCAAGUGUUACCUUUAUCUGCUGGAGAAGCUGCCCCUGGUGAAACUUUACGCCCUGACAAGUCAAGUCAUCAACGGGGAGAUGCAGUUCUACGCCAGGGCCAAACACUUCUACCGGGAGGUGCCCGCCACGGAGGAGGGAAUGAUGGGCGACUACAUCGAGCUCUCCAACACAGACGUUGAAUCCUCCCGGGAAUUCCUCAGGAAGUUUGUUGGGGGGGUGGGGAAAGCCGGCACCAGCCGCGCCCUGGACUGUGGCUCUGGGAUAGGUCGGAUCAGCAAGCACGUCCUGCUGCCCGUUUUCAAGAGUGUGGAGCUGGUGGAUAUGAUGGAGAAUUUCCUGGCUGAGGUCCCAAACUACCUGCAGGGCAAGGAGGACAGAGUAGAGAUGUAUUACUGCAAAAGCCUCCAGGAAUUCACACCGGCCCCGCGAAGAUACGACGUCAUCUGGAUUCAGUGGGUUUCAGGAUACCUGACGGACAAAGAUCUCCUGGAGUUUCUCAUCCGCUGCCAGGAUGGCUUGAAGGAUAACGGUGUGAUCAUCCUGAAGGACAAUGUGGCCAGGGAGGGCUGCACCCUGGACUGCCUGGACAGCAGCGUGAUCCGAGACCUGAACAUCCUGCACAGCCUCAUCGAGAUGAGCGGACUCCGCAUCCUGCGGGAGGAGCGGCAGGAGGGCUUCCCUGAGCAGUGUGUGCCCGUCUGGAUGCUGGCCCUGCAGAAAGGCCCCGGCCACUCCUGA